CCAUCAGAUAUAAACUUAUUGCUCUUCACGCCUCUCUUUACUACAAGCACCAACUCUCUCUCUCUAUUUCCUUACUUCACAGUUACAGAGAGGCAAAGAAACCCAUUUCCAUCCCAGGAAAAAAACAGCAUUUAUAUUUCUUAAGUGAGUGCUUUUACAAACACGAAAAUGAUUAAGUUCUGGGUUCUGUUCUUGGUGGCUGAGGCAACCUGUGUGUUCCUGAUUAUCAAUGCUUCUUCUACUCAUGAUAUGAAUUCCUUCAUCAGUGGCCAUAGUGUGACAGCAAUUACAUCAGUCAGUGAACCGACGGAGGGAAGCAAUACUCGGAGUAAAAUUAACCAGGACCACAUGAACUUGGAGGAUUACCAACCCGUUGAUCCAACUCCAAGGUCAUCAGCUGCGAUAACAUCUGGACCUAUUGAGCAUGGCACUCCUGUCAUGCCUUACAUUCCAAAGCUGACACCUCCAAAUAGUCCACAGCCUGAUGGCUCACCUUUGCUUCCUCCACCAGCUUAAAACUUUCAAUGAAGGAAUUCCACUGUGAAUUGGUUAUUCCAUGUUAAGAUAAUUCUUACUUUUUUAAAUUAAUGAACUUUAUUAAGGUCUAAUGCUCAUUAUG